CUCGGCUCUCACAAUGGAGCUCUCCGAGUAUGUGCAGAGAGGUUGCCAGAUGCUGGCCGAUCCCGGCUGCUUCGACCUCGCUGCCUUCGCGCUUCUCCUGCGGGCGGCCUUCCGGAGCCUGCUGGAAGCCCGGGCUGACGAAGCCGUGCUAGAUCAUCCAGACUUGAAACAUAUUGAUGCUAUGGUAUUAAAACACAGUCAUGCAGCACUUGCAACUUGUAUACUGGAGGCAGGAAAGCAGAAAGCUGACAAGUCAACUCUGAGCACCUGUCUAGAAGACUGUAAAUUUGAUAGAGAAAGAAUAGAACUAUUUUGCACAGAAUACCAGGUUAUAAAAAACAAGAUUUCUCUGGAAAUCCUACUGGGAAGUAUUGGCAGAUGUCCUCUCCUUAUAACUGAUGUUUCUUGGCGGUUGCAGUAUCAGAUUAAGACCAAUCAACUUCACAAACUGCAUCGACCAUCAUAUCUGGUGACCUUAAAUGUUGAGAAGGAGGAUUCUAUAUCCCAUCCAGACAUUAGCUUUAAUUGCACUAUGGAGCAAUUACAGGACUUAGUGGGAAAAUUAAAAGAUGCCGCUAAAAGCCUGGAAAGAGCAACUCAAAUAUGAUGGAAGACCGGGAACAAUCUGCCAGGGUCGAGAGGAAGAGCAGCGUUCGCGGUCCUUCGGGAAAGCCUCCCCACCUUCCACCGGUCGAACCUCAUCCUUCUUAGUAGAACUGUAUUAUUUCCGCCUUUUGGACCUAUGAAAUUUAUGAAACAUGGCCUUUUUUUUUUUUUAAACAUUAAUACAAUAGAAGUGAAGGCAGCAAUAUUAUUGUGUAUUAAAAACUGUUGUUGGUCUGUCCUGCCUUCAGCUUCUCCACUGCCUCACCCCUUUGCAUGUAGUUCUUAUUUCCUCACUUUCUUUGAGUUAUGUGCUCUAAUAAAUUGAGAUUCUCAAGUUCACAAACCGAA